GGAAAUGGGGUGCAACUCUUCGAAGGGUCAUCCCGGCACGGGUACCAAGACGCUGCUCGCCAGCACCGGAUCCAGCCACAAGGGCGGAAGGGGUGAUGCGUCAGGGCGGCAUGGAGAGGACAAGCCAGUGACGAAAGUCAUCUCUGAGGCUCAGAUCAUGCAGUACACGCCGACGGAGGAGGAAGAGGAAGAGGAAGAGAAGCCCCGGGCAUCGCGAAGCAAGCAAAGAAAG